AUGAGAAGCUUGCUGAAAUUAAAACACAUCAGUUGUAAAUCGGGUGAACGUUUUCAAUGUUCAAAAAAUUUGUUAUUUAUAAAGAAGGACGGUCCGAAAUAUAUAUGUACAAAGAGCAGAGUAGAGAACGAAGUGGGAAACGAAAUAGGAUACAAAACAAUCAAUAAAUCAGGCGGUUACGUAGGAUAUAGAGUAAUUAGCAAUGAUGAAUACUGUUUAACAAGACAUAGAAGACAUAUAAAUACUACGCAAAAAAAAUCAAUAUUUACAGAUAGUAGAAUUAAGGCAAGUACGAAUGAAGACAACGAGGGUAAUGCCAAUUUAAAUAACAGCUCUAAUGAACAUAUAAACAAUGGUGUACCUUUUGACAAUAGUAAUUGGAAUAAUGGAUCUUCAAUACAAAAUAAUGAUGAUAGUGCUAAUUUAAUAAAUGAUGGAGGUGAGAAUUAUUUUAUGAAUGAUAACAGUGUUAAUAAAAUUAAUGAUGACAACAGAAAGGAUACCACCAUUUACCAAAAAGAUAUGCACAAUAAUAACGACAUUAAUAGCAAUCAUGACGAAUCCUUUUUAUUUGAUAGGGAUGUAAGAAGAAAGGACGAUAUGGGGGGUGAGAACGGAUUUAUUAAUUACAAAAGUAAGAGAUACAACAAUUCUGAACGGAGCAAGCACAGACUCAACAGUUCCAUCCAACAAUGUGAUGAUGACACUAACGAGGAUCAAUACAAUAGCGACCAAUACAGUAACGACCAAUACAGUAACGACCAAUACAGUAACGACCAAUACAGUAACGACCAAUACAGUAACGACCGAUACAGUAACGACCGAUACAGUAACGACCGAUACAGUAACGACCGAUACAGUAACGAUCGCUAUUUUAAUAAGGAUGAGCAAGUGCCAAAAUACUCGAGAUCUUUACGCACCUCCGAUAGGUAUUCGAACCUGGGGGAUAAUUUAAAAGAAAUAGAAUGGAGCAAGGUAAAGGUAAAAAUCGAAAGACAGAAUUUAUUUAUGAAUAAUGAGAAUAAUAAACAAAAGAAUUUAACCACAGAAGAAUAUCAAAAUGAGUUAAGAAAAUAUAACAUAUACGUUAGUAAAGAUUUCAAACUAAAUAAUUUUAUAACCACCUUUUCCGAUUUAAAUUUUCAUCCAUCUAUUUUAAAUCAUUUGAAUAGUAAAUAUAAAGAACCAACAGCUAUUCAAAAAAUAACAUGGCCAAUCGCCUUGUCAGGUAAAGAUUUAAUAGGAGUAGCCGAAACAGGAAGUGGAAAAACAUUAGCAUUUGUUUUACCUUGUCUUAUGCAUAUACUCAAACAGAAACACAAACAAAAAGAGAAACAAAUAGAAGUAAAUGAAAAAGGGGCAGAAAUAGAAGGGCAAGAAAAUGGACAAGUGGCACAAUUAAAUAUGAACAACAGUACAGAAGAAGACUAUCAAAACGAUAGUAAUGAAGAACAGUAUGAACAGCGAAAUAUAUAUGGUCUUAUUUUAUUACCAACAAGAGAGCUAUGCAUGCAAGUAUUAGAAGAAAUAAAAGUUUUCGAGAAAUCUUUAAAUAUAAAAAGUACUGCAGUAUAUGGUGGUGUACCGAAAUAUUUUCAAAUAAAUAAUAUAAAAAAAGGAGUAGACAUUAUGGUUGCUACUCCAGGUAGACUUCUAGAUUACUUAGAAAAUGGAAUAGUAAAUCUGCUUAGUUGUAUCUAUGUAGUUAUUGAUGAAGCAGAUAGACUAUUAGAUAUGGGCUUUGAAAAGCAAUUAAGAAAAAUAAUGACACAAAUUAAUAAAAAUAAACAGUUAUUAUUUUUAACAGCUACUUGGCCUGAACAAGUCAGAAAAUUAGCAUAUGAUUUUUGUUCAUCUGAUCCAGUAAAAAUCCAAAUUGGUAAAAGUGAAUUAACAGCAAAUAAAAAUAUUGAGCAGAAUGUUAUAAUUAGUUCAUCUAUUGAUUUAAAAAAAAAAUUAUUAGACUGGUUAAAAGAAAAUUAUGAAAAUCACAAAAUUUUAAUCUUUUGUGAUACUAAAAGAAAUUGUGAUAAUUUAUGUAAAGAAUUACGUUAUCAUCAAUAUAAUGCAUUAGCAAUACAUGGUGAUAAACAACAAAGAGAAAGAGACAGAAUUCUGAACAAUUACAAAAGUGAUAGAUGUAAUAUACUAGUUGCAACCGAUGUAGCAUCCAGAGGAUUGGAUAUAAAAAACAUAUCUGUUGUUAUUAAUUAUGAUAUACCAAAUACUAUUGAAGAUUACAUUCAUAGAAUUGGUAGAACAGGAAGAGCAGGAAAUAAAGGAAAAUCCAUUUUAUUUUUCCCUCACGAUUAUUACAUACCACAAAAACAGAGAUUUGCAAAGGAGUUGAUUAAACUAUUUAAUAAGACUAACCAGAUGGUCCCUACUGAGCUUAGGGAAAUUGCUGGAUAUUAG